AUGUCGCCCGAAGGCGAAGGAUCACCGCGCCUCACCGCCGGCCUCAUCCACUUCCUCGAAUCCCGCCGCGCCGGCGCCACCAACUCCUCCGCUCCCCCGCCGCAACCGCAACCGCAGGCCUUCCGCGGGGUGCGCAAGCGGCCUUGGGGCAAGUACGCGGCGGAGAUCCGCGACUCCACGCGCAACGGGGUGCGUGUCUGGCUCGGCACGUUCGACAGCGCGGAGGCGGCGGCGCUGGCCUACGACCAGGCGGCGUUCGCCAUGCGGGGCACGGCCGCCGUCCUCAACUUUCCCGUGGAGCAGGUGCGGCGAUCCAUGGACAGCCUGGGCGUGUCCCUGCAGGACGGGGCGUCGCCGGUGGUGGCGCUCAAGAGGAGGCAUUCCAUGCGCGCCGGGCGGAGACCGGCUGGUCGCAAUAAGCGGCCGGAAGAAGCAGCAGCAGGAGUGAUGGAGCUGGAGGACCUUGGAGCAGAGUACCUGGAGGAGCUGCUCGGUGCCACCACAAGCAGCCACCACUCCAUCUGAUCGCGGAUCGCCCCCUCCCCUGGCUCCAUCUCGAUUCGAAUCGUGGCGCUCCUCACUUUUGCUUACUCCUAUCUAUCUAGAGUAGGGUAGGAACAAGACAGAGACAGACAGACGAAAAUCAUGCAUCCCUGGCCUGCCAGUUACAGUUAGAGAUCACCUCCAUCAGCAGAGGAAACGCUUGCUAUGGUUAGGCCCUUGUUUGUUGCUGGAGUAUACAAGUAUUGAUUGAUUGAAGGAAUGCAUUCCUCCCUUGACAAAAA